GGAUUCCUGACUCCUGGACUUCUUGUGGUGGUUCCUUGACAAAUCAAAAGCUUCUUCAAGUCAAGACAAGACCCUUCUAUACAUACCCUUCUUUCCCUAUCUCUCUCUGUACAAAAACAAAAGCAGCCAAGAAAGGACAAGAGAUUUCCGUCCCCAAUCUGACAAUCUCUCUCUCUCUCUCUCUGAAUUAAGCAAGCCUCAGCUCAACACAACAGUAGGAUUAUCAAAGCCAAGCCUGAAGGCAUCAUACCACAGUUCUGUCAGAUUGUGCAUCAAGACAAGAAGCUGCAGGACUGAGAGGAGAGCAAGCAAGAGCAAGAGCAGAAACGGUCAAGCGUGCCUGCUGGUCAGUCUCUGGUUUCUCUUUUGCUGUGCUAGCUAGCUGUUGCUCUGCAGCUCGAUCCAUCGUACUGCUGUGGACUGGUUUUGUACAGCAAAGUGAAAAAGGAAAACCAGUAGUGGUAUGUAUGUAUGUGUUGUUUGUCUCCAUCUUCACAUGCCUAGCAGCUAUAGAUCGAUGGCCGGGUUGAUAUAUAGAGCUGCUUGUUGCCUGUCUGUCUCAUGUGUUCUUCUUGGCUUGUGCUAGAAGGCGAGCUCCUCCUCUCUCUCAAUCUCAAGUGCUGCAGCAGCAGCAGCAGCAGCAGGUUGCUAGCUUCGAUCUCAAUCUGAAAGAUUUGAUAGAGAGAAGGAUUGAUUGAUGGAGGAGGGUAGUAGCAGUUCAGGCCAUCAUCAUCCAAGGCACCACAGCAGCAAGGAUCCUCACCAGCAGCAUGUUCUUGCUGGCUAUGGCGCCGGCGUCGGCGGCUUCCAUGGCGCCGCCGCCAUGCCAACGACGACCUCCUCCAUGCCUUCCGCGAGCUUCUUCGCUGAGCAAGAAGAAGGAGCAGGCUACUUGGGAGAGCUGGAGGAGGCUCUCAUGCAUCACCACCACCAUCAUCAUCAAGCCGGCGGCAGCAGCAAGAACACUGCUAUUCAUCAUCUUCACCAGCAAACAGUAGCAGCAGCAGCAGCAGCUCAUCAUCAUGGCCAUGGAGUUCACAACAACAACACCACCAUGGCAGCCAUGGCCAUCCCCCUGCCCUUCCACGCUGGUACUACAGCUACAGGAGCAGCUGCAGCUAGGCCUCCUCCUACACUGGACAUCUUCCCCACCUGGACUAUCAGGCCUCUUGCUCCCCCACAUCACCACACCCCCAAGGAGGGUUCAAAUUUGACAGCAGACAGCACAGACUCAGAAAGCAGUAGCAAGAACAACAACAUCAAGCACUCACCUGAUCACCAGAAAGUGCAAGCAGUGAGCAUGGCGAUGGCCAGCCAGUUCCAUCAGAUUUCACAGCAACAGCAGAACCACCAGCAGCAACAGCACCACCACCAGCAGAAGAUGGCAACAAGCUCCACUCAUAGUGACAGGACUGGCAAGGCACUUGAUCCAAAUAAGAUAAUGAGAAGGCUAGCACAAAACCGAGAGGCUGCUCGAAAAAGCCGGCUGCGAAAGAAGGCUUACAUUCAGCAGCUUGAGAGCGGCAAAAUAAGGCUUGCUCAGCUGGAGCUUGAUCUCAACAGGGCCCGUUCCCAGGGUCUCUUGCUUGGAGGAGCUCCAGGUGGAAACUGCACUGCAGAUGCUGCUAUGUUCGAUGCUGAGUACAGCAGAUGGCUGGACGACGACAGCCGGCGCAUGAUUGAGCUCCGGGGAGGCCUGCACGCUCACUUGCCUGACAGUGACCUCAGGGCGAUCGUUGACGACGCCUUGACCCACUACAAUGAGCUGUUCCGCCUCAAGGACACCGCGGCCAGGACAGAUGUCUUCCACCUCAUCACAGGGAUGUGGGCGACCCCCGCAGAGCGCUGCUUCCUCUGGAUUGGCGGCUUCCGGCCUUCUGAUAUGCUCAAGACACUGGUACCUCAGCUUGAUCCUUUGACUGAACAGCAAGUGAGCGGCAUCUGCAGCCUUCGGCAGUCGUUACAACAGGCAGAAGAAGCUCUCACCCAGGGCCUGGAGCAACUCCAUCAGUCAUUAGCAGAUACGGUGGCAGGGAGCGGGUCUCUUACGGAUGACACCAACAUGGGGAGCUUCUUGGGUGACAUGGCCCUUGCACUUGGCAAGCUGUCAAACCUAGAAAAUUUUGUCAUACAGGCUGAUAACUUGAGGCUGCAGACGCUUCACCAGAUGCACAGGAUUCUGACAGUUAGGCAGGCAGCUCGAUGCUUCUUGGCCAUUGGCGAAUAUCAUAAUCGCCUCCGUGCCCUAAGCUCCCUCUGGGCUUCUCGUCCUCGAGAGAUAAUGAUGGCAGAUGAAGGCAAUUGUGGAGAGCUAAGCAUUGCAGCACAUCCAUCUGAAAGCCAAUAUGCAGCCUUCUGAUUCAGAUGUAUUUUGGAACUAACAUUCAAAGUAGAAGCGGAAGAAAAACAACUGGGGAGAAUUAUUUUUUGGAUGUAAUGUAGCAGGCGAACCUCCGUAGAACUUUCAUCACAACUUUCUUGAGAGGUCAAAUGGUUUAAUGUUUCAUGGAGAUAGGAAAGAUGUAGGGCAGCUAGAGUUCGUUGUUGAAAUAGUACUUAACUGUGUGUUCUUUAGAUUAUUUCUCCAGAGCUUGCAUUUCAGAGAACACUUUCUACUAUGUACCCCAGCCAAAAUAUCUUGGAUUGAAUAGAUGAGCUAUCUAAUA